AUGCUGGAUCAGAUCGUGAGACGUGGCCAGGCUGGCUAUGUCGACGACGAUGAUGACGCUCAGAUUUUAGUAGUGAUGCGUCUCUCACUCAAGCAGGAGCGACAACGCGCCGACGAGCAGAGAUUGCGCUGGGAAGAAGACCGCCAUCUUGAGCGUUUGCCAGUCUUAUAA